AUGACUUAUAUGUCAUUUACAGGUUGUAAUGAACUUGUAGAAAAGUAUGGAACCGAAGAAUUUGCUAUUCUUGGUUUCCCAUGUUCCCAAUUUAUGAAUCAAGCACCUGGAUCCGAUCAAGAAUUCCUUCUCACUUUGAAGUAUGUUAGACCAGGAGACAACUUUGUACCAAACUUUUUAUUAUUUACCAAGUCCAAUGUAAAUGGAGAUCCAUCUCAAAUUAGUCCAGUUUUCCAAUGGUUAAGAUCUGGAUGUGGUGCCACUUCACAGACUAUCAUCGAUACCAGUUUGAUAAGUUGGACUCCAGUGUUGACCAAUGACAUUACAUGGAAUUUCGAGAAGUUCCUUGUAUCCAAGACUGGUCAAUUGGUUAGAAGAUACUCACCAGAGACAUUCCCACAACUUUUGGCAGAGGAUAUUCACGAACUAAUUGAAUCCGACUGGGCUUAG